AUGGAGCCCGACACACUCCAAACCUUUGCUGCGGCUGUCCAACAACAAUUCCCUGCUUUCAGCAACGAGCAUGACGGUGCCUCGCAAGAUGCCGCCGCCGCAGCUGGGUAUGCCCCUGCUGAUUCCCUCAACGGCAACCCUCACAACCAAUCCUAUCCCAUAAUCCUGCCACCACUGCCACCAGCGGCGAACAGUUCUCCAAACGUCCAGACUAGGAAGCAAAGUAACACUUUGAGAAACACAAACAGUCCUAGCGCGAAUGCGGCCAUGCGCAGUCCUCAGCAGACGCGCUCCGGCAUGUCGGUCCAGACUCGAGCUGCCCAGAACACAACCUCGACCACCCCAUCUCGCGCCGGUAGUAACGCUUCGAGCGUGACUCCCCAGGCCCAAGCCACACAGAUGAGCCAACAGUCUGAUGACUUGGAAGGGCAGCCCGACCCUGCGCAAUCCCAGAAGCAGAAUGACUUUGUCUUCAGGAACUCUUCGUCUGCAUUUCCGAACGGCACUCCCACGCCUACUCGAUCCUUGUCGAAGCAGUCACAAGUCUACACUACGCCGCAUGGCGUCGUUCAGGCUGAUCCCUGGGUGUCUCAUUACCAAACUACACCCUCGACCAACGACCUCAGUGGUGCCCUCAAUAUCAACAACGGCAACAAUGACAAUGCAGAAACAGACCCUGCUGUUGCGGCAAAUCCCUUCAGCGACUCUUUCCCCUUGGUGCCCGAUCCACCAAACCUUGAGGAAUGGCGCAACAAACUCUUCAACAUCACCGAGACCUUGGUGUUAUCCGAAGAAGAGUUCCUCACUUACUUUCCCCAUGUCGAUAACGUCUACUCGCACCGCUCCACUCAAAAAUACAAACGCAAGGCAUUUGUCAGUCACUACUGGGACUGCCGACUGAAGGGUCGUCCAAGCGGUACCCCGAAGAGUGAUGAUCCCAACAAGAAGAAGCGCAAGCGCCAGGCUCGGGAGCGAGAUCUUUGCGAUGUCAAAAUCAAAAUCACAGAGUACUUUAGCGCUGAGGAGGCGAGGAAGAUGGGUAUGACAACUGGGAGUGACAUGAAUGGCAUCGACACUGGCGUCAAUGCUAACGGCACGAUGGCGAAUGAAAUCAGCACCUUCGGAGGCGUCGACAACAGCGAAUUGACGAUCGUCCUCGAAGAUGGCAGUCAAGGUCUCAGUGGUGUUGGUCAUCUCGGCGGCGUUGGCAGUGCUCCUCACAGCACUACCAACCCCAUCGACCCAAAUUUCGGAUUGCUUGAACUUCCCCGUCCUCUACCUCAAGGGCACCCGGGAGCUGACGGAAAACGAUGGUUCACGAUCCAACGUGUCCGAGGCAACCCAGGUGGCGGAGCCGUCAAAGACUCUAACAGACGUGACAGUAAUGUCAAUGGCGAUGUCGAAGACGAAAUCGACCAGUCGGUGCUGGAUCCCAAUUUGAAUGCCGACCUGGACCACAAGCACACCCUCGAAGAAAGUGACCGGAUCAAGAAGAAUAGCGUUCAAAGAUGGAUGUUGAAGGAGGAAAAGGAGAAGAAACGAUUGAGUAAACUUCCCACAUCAGGUCCCUCUAAUCCAUCGAUAACAAACAACGAGUCCACAUCUCCUUCAUUUCGAGCUUCAGGAAUGGCUUUCUUCACAGCCCGAUCCCACGCCGCGCCUGUUCCCACAAAGAUAACCUUCUUCGCCAACUCGUUCUGCCCCUUCGCUCAACGCAUCUGGAUCGCCCUGGAGAUUAAAGGCGUUCCAUAUCAAAUGGUCGAGAUAAUGCCGACACCUGUCGACAGUUACAGACCACCAGAGAUGUUGGAGGUAAACCCGGAAGGCAAUAUCCCGUGCAUCAGGCAUGGAAACUGGGGUGUCUGGGAAAGCGGUGUCGUUUUGGAGUACCUCGAGGACUUGGCUAUGGGACAUUCCCUACUGCCCCUUGGUAACCCGCAACUGCGAGCACACUGUCGCCUGUGGACGGACCAUAUCAACCGCAAGAUCCUUCCGAGUUUUUACAGCUUGCUACUUACCCCGCCACCAUCGCCAAGUGGCGAACAACCAAUGGGUUUAGACGGAAUGCAGGUUGACGGAGACGCACACGCCCAAGUCACCAACGCAGCGUCGGCGGCACAACAUAGCAUGCUCGUAGCCACGCUACAGAAGAACAUCACUUCGCUGGUCAACGCCAGCCAUGCCACGGGGCCGUUCUUCCUGGGCAACGAAAUCGGAUUUGUCGAUGUGGUUUUUGCCCCAUGGAUUAUUCGACUGUCCCGCGUUUUGAGCUACUACCGCAACUUUCCGCGACCGGAGGUUGGCACGCGCUGGAGGCAAUGGGUCGAUGCUAUCGAGGCGGACGACCGAGUCAGGCGGACCGUGAGUGACGAAAAUUCAUACCACGGUGUAUACAGAGGUGUGGGCGAAGACGGAUGGUGCGCGAAGGAUGUGCAUAAGCCGAUUGUGGAAAUCCAGUAUGCGAGGAAAGUCGUUGCGCAAGAGGGGUUUGGCUUAGGUGGUGAUGUCUGGGGACGUUUAUCGGAAGAAGAGGCCGUCCAUAAUCCUGACGGCGUUGGUCAGACACUAUCAUGA